UUGUCUUCCAUUCGUUGCAGAAGAAACAUUACAAUUGUGGGUUUGCGGUUGUCAGUUGUCGGCAAAUUGUCGACAGUAGCAAUAAAAAAUAUAUUACAAGCAUGAAAAGCAACUAUUUUUUAACAAAAGGAAAAAGUUCUUGAAUUGUACUAACUAUACUUGGAAAUAAAAUAAAAAUCUAAUUUCGUGUAGUGCCAAUUGGGCGUAAAGGUUGCUUAGCUACGCAGCGCAAGGAUAACAAGUAACGAAAGCGUGUGAAAAAAGGUGAGCAGUUGCUGCGGAAAAAAGCCGCACUGCAGGCUAAAUAUAUUUGUUAGUUUUUUUUAUGUGUUCCACUGACUGCAACGAAAUAACGUUAAAAGGCAUUUAGCCGAAACAGUGCUGCAGUGAAAAGAAAAAUCGUGAAAAUACAUAUAAACUAGCGCUUUUCCACACAUCUGGUCAGGCGCUGCAGUUACGCGGCGACAUCCUGCAAGCAGCUGUCGUGCCAGUCGCUGUCUACAAAUACGAGAAGAAGGUGGCUGCUUGUGUUUGUGUCUGUCUUUGUGUAUGUGUGCAUUUUCUACCCGAUUUAUACGGUUUUCCUACAUGUUGUACUAAUGCAAUUAUCGCUAGCCGCUGCCAUUAGAAAGCGUUUGAGACACCUUUGUAGAAAGCAAAGAGUAAAAGAAAAUCUAAUUUCAGCAUUUAAGCAGCAAGAUAUAGCGCAGCAAGUGUAACAAAAUGGAAAGCUAGACGAAAAUCUUUAAAAUAAUUUGUGUAAAAUAAACCAAAGAAAACAAGUGGAAAUGGAGGAAAGCUAAUUAGUGCAGAACUAGCUGCAAUUGUCAUUUAUAAGCCGCAGCUACCGUCUUCAACGUCGCGAACAAGUGCCGUUGCGUGCGUCGUGGACAGUGUUUGUUCACAGCUAGCAUAGCAGAAAGUUACAAAAAGAAAAAAACAACAUAUGGUAUAAAGCAGUGCAGUGCCGUUAGCUACAGCUGCACGUUAUGGUCAGCCAAUGUCACGAAAAUAUCGCUGUCUUAAGUAACAACAAUUUUAAGAAGAGCUAAAAUUAAAACAAUUCAGUUUUGUUCAUGAUAAACAACUAAAAAGUGAAUUCUAUAAAUAAAAAUAUUACAAAUUUGUUAUUUACUACAAAGUCGACUAUAACUACAACGAAGUGGCAACAACUAAUCACUCCGUCCACAGUUGUUAAACGUUUCGAAUAUACUUUACUACAAGAGGGCAAGGACCCUCGGGCUCCUCCAAGCAUUCCUCCUCCAACAGCCGUCACAAAUCGCAGUCCACCACAUCGCUGAAUACGGUCGGCAGCAGCAGUCAGGAGCCCGCUGCAGCGACAGCCGCCGCAGCCGCCAACACAGCCACAUUUUAUCCGCCCAUCGAUCCGCUCACAGAACGCGGCGUCGACGUAGGCGACGGCGAUUUGAAUAUCGUUGCACCGCUAGCAGCGCGCACGCGCAGUCGCACACCGGAGGCGCUGCGCCACGCCAACAACAAUAGCAACGCGGCACAGCUGAGCGGCGCCAACAGCGCCAAUACUUUGCCACACAAGAAGCCAAAGGUCGCCGGCACCGGCAAGAAGGGUCAGAAGCAGCCAAAGCAAUUGCCAACAACAGCGACAGCGCAGCCGCAAGCGCCGCCAGCACGCGCCGAAGUCGUAGUCGCUGCCGCACCAGUUGGCAAUGUAAUGACGACAAUAGCCGCCGCGCCGGGAAGUCACAAUUCCGCGGUUAAUACAGCUGCAGCUGCAGCCGCCGCCGCGGCAGCAACCAAUAACAAUUACACUGGUGGCGAAUUGAUUAGCGCGUCCAUUGGGCAAGUGCCGCUGCCGACGCCAGCCGAAGCGGGCAUUGAUUUGUACAAGUUGAAUGCGGCCAAUUAUCAGCAAUUCAUUAACAACGAGCAACUAUUGCAACAGCAACAACAACAGCAGCAGCAAUUGUUAGAGGCUAACAACAAAAUGCAGGAUCUGCAAGCGCAGCUCGAGCGUCUGGGUCACGAAAAAUCAUUGCUGGAAGCGCACAUUGCCGAGCUGCUGCCAUAUCAGCUCGAAGUGGGUAAAUUGAAGGCGGAGCUGCUCAAGAUGCAGAGCCAGCACGAGAAAAGUCAAUUGGAGGUGACAAAUCUCAAGUACGAGAAUGAAUCGUUGCGCAAUCGUUUGCGUGAUGUUGUCAACUCGCCGCUAUCUGACGCGGAGAAACACCAAAUCAUACAAGACUCGCAGCGUUUGCAUAGUUCGGCGCCGGCCUCAAUUGCGCUGCCAAGUACGAACGACAACGAUGUGGGCACACCCUGUCUCACGCCCGAUUGGGACAAGCACUCUUCAUCAAGCGAAAUCUCCGUCGCUUGCCUGCAAGAUAAGAUCAUACAAAUGGAGGAGACGCAUUAUUCGACCAAUGAAGAACUGCAGGCCACACUGCAAGAGCUAGCCGAUUUGCAAGCGCAGUUGAGUGACGCACAGGCGGAGAACGAACGUUUAGCCGAGGAGAAGGAUGUGCUCUUUCAGACACUGUGUCGCCAAACUGAGAAACUAAAUGAUUCACGCACACAAAUCAAUACGCUACGCACCGAAAUCAGCUCCUCUGAACGCGAACGUAAGCUACUCGAACUGAUUAAGACAUCACAGGAAGAACGCGAAGCGAUACUUGUCAAGCAGGAGGAGCUCAAUGCCGAAUUGCAGGAGUUACGUCAACAGCUUGAGGCCGCCUUGGCGGAUUGUACACGUACGCGCGAACGCAAUGCGCUGCUGGACUCUACCGUCGAUGCGGCGAACGCUGAACGCAAACAAAUUGAAGCCCAGCUUACACAGGCCAAAGAGGAGAUCUCACAGCGUAGCAUCGAAAUAAAUCGCCUGACCACGCUGCUGGAGAAUGCACGCUCCAAAAUCGAAGAGCUGGAGCAGGAUUUGGCGCGCGGUGAAAAAACCGAUCUUACCGAUUUAUUGGACGCGGCGCGCAAGGAGAAGGAUACGCUGGAGGAGCGCGUGGCCGAGUUGCAGGAUCAGUAUUCGCGCAGUCAGGCGGAAAUUCGGCGACUCAAAGAGCAGCUGUCCGGCGUGACUGAGGAGUGCAAGGUCGCAAAGAAUAAUGCCAAAUGUGCCGUCUCACAUCUGGAAUAUCGGCUAGAGCAAUUGCAGCAGGAGAAGGACAAGUUGAGCGGCGAGCAUCAGCAGCUAGUCGAUAGCACCAACGAAUUGCAGGUGCAAAGCAAAUGUCACUUGGAGGACAAACAACAGUUACAAAACUUACUCAGCGAGACGCAGAAACAUUUGGGCGAUGUGGAGGCCAAACUGAAUGCGACAGAAAAACAACUCGAAGAGGAAGUGAAACUGCGCAAACAGGAGGCAGAGGAAUGGCAACAAUUCCAGUCGGACUUGCUAAUGACGGUGCGUGUGGCCAAUGAUUUUAAGACUGAAGCGUUGAGUGCGCGCGAACAGCUGGUGCUCGAUAACAAAACGCAAAAGGAGAAGAUACGACUGCUGGAGCAGCAAAUCGAGAAGCUGACAAAACAACAAAUGCAACAAAAUGAAACGCAGCAAUCGGUGCUGACCACUGUCCAACAGGAGAUGGCUUCGCGGCGCAGUAAAAUCGGCAGCAGUCUGAAUCGGCAGGACUCGCGGCUGUCGGUGAAGACGCUUAUCGAGAGCAUUGAAAACAAUAAGCCCAAAGUCGAGGAAACUGAGUCACAUUACAGUUCCACAUCUAGCUUAAAUAGCGCUACACCGGAAAUAACGAGCAAUUUACUGCCACCGGUCAUUGGCAACAAUGCAGCGAAUAACGACUGGACUGAGAAUGUGCGCCUACAGAGCACAACAACGAUUAACAGCAGUAGCAUUAACAGCAUUACAAACAGUAAUACCGUCAAUAAUAUACCUGCCAAAGGACCGCUGCGCGAACAGCAACAACAAACGCCGGCAACAACAACACAAACUAGCUUAGUUUCGAAUCUGCAUCACUUUAGCGGCCUAAACAGUGUAUCGAGCAAAUCGCUGCUAAGUGGCGAACGCAAGGACCCGUUGAAUAUGCUGGCGAAAAACGGCGGCUCGAAACGCAAUGCGCUGCUUAAAUGGUGUCAAAACAAAACCGUCGGCUAUCGCAAUAUAGACAUAACGAAUUUCAGUUCGUCCUGGAAUGACGGUUUGGCGUUCUGUGCAAUACUACAUUCCUAUCUGCCAGAUCGUAUACCCUACGACACGCUGAAUCCGACCAAUAAGCGCCGCAACUUCUCGCUGGCGUUUGCGGCGGCCGAAUCUGUGGGCAUACAAACGACCUUGAACAUCAACGAUAUGUGCCAGCUUGAGAGGCCCGACUGGACGCAGGUGAUGUCCUACGUUACGGCAAUUUACAAACAUUUCGAAACGUAGACGUGCGCACCAUGAUACAAACGCGCAUGCGCACUUUCACAAUGUUGCAUCUUGAGUUGGGCAACAACAAAUGCUUACAUUUGUAUAUCCGUUUGUUUGCUGUGGGGUGAAUGAAAAUGGGAAAAACUAAGACUUAUUCGCAGUAUGCUGUAGACUUGAUAAACACAUUAUUUAGUGGCAAUGGCGUAAUACAUACACACUUUAUUAUCACACUCUUGUUCCAUAGUGUUUUUUCGCAUUAUUAUUAUUAUUAUAAUUUACACAUAUUUAAUUUAUUGAAUAAAAGAAAAAUGCUUAGUGAAAAAA